AUGGCAGUGUGGAGCCAGCUGAGACUGGGUGUGGUGGAGCAGGGCAAAGUGAAGAGAGACAGGUUGUAUUUAGGCAGGUGGGAUGUGACAUCAGGCAGUACAGGACAGCAUAGGGUAGCUGCCAGGCAACAACUGGAACGUCUCCCAAGACGGCCAGCACAAUCUUCAUCAUCUGCAAACUCAACAAGUGCUGGAACUGGUUCUACUGCAGCUUCUACUGCUACCGGGGGUCAUAGCACUGCUCCAUUGGACUCUAAUCCAUGCCAGUCCACUCAAAACUCGCAGUUUUUAUUGUCUAGGCAAAAAUCUGGACUCUGA